CGAGAACCCACACAAAUACCUACCCGUCACAACAACAUAAAUACGUAGGCCGUCUUUAUAAAAUCGAGUCAACUUGGAAGCAAGCUAAAAGCGGAUGCGGACGUCAACAGUUGUCUGAUAGUUUGAGCAAAUGUGACCGAGAAUGUGACACUACUUUGAGAGUUUCGAGGUUUUGACCUGUUGUUAUGGAAGAUAGUGGCAUUGACAGUGGAGAUCAUCAUGGGCAUAUUUCUGGCAAACCAUGCGAAAGUCUAUCCUCGUCGAGCAGCGCAGGAAGCGCCGGCAGCCGAUCCCCGCCACCACGCGCUGCAGCUUCCAGACAAUUGCAACGCAAAUUGGACGUUCGACUGUCUCAAAGCCAACGCAGGAUACCGCAACAUCCGCCGGAGUAUAGCCCUGCUAAUCAUGGCAGACUCAUCCCUAUACAAAGAUUGCCCGUACCGCAGGGCAAGGAUCAGCAGCCGUUAGUCCAAUGGGACACUGAUGAUAGCGAAGAGGAUAUAGUGAAUUUCUUCCCUCUAUCCCGCAAAGAGACCCGCAUCCACCAAGAGCUCACCGACACAUUCAGCAUAGAAGAGAUGAGCAUCUCAGGGGAUGACGAAGAGGAAGAAGACUUGCAUCUAGUGCCGCCGCAGACCAACUACAGGAGGUUCAAGUGCUGCCCGAUAUCCAUGUGUACGAUUAUCUAGGACAUUGUUACUUUGUAUUAGAUGAAACGUUAACACGGUAGAGCUUUUACUGAGACACGAUUACUAAAUCUCUGAACUGUUUUUGAUGAAUUACGAUUAUGGAGGCAUGUGUGGCGCGGAAAUAAAACUAGUGCUACACUACUCUUUCGUUAAGGUAUAUUCAGUAGGACAUCCUAUACAAUUUAAAGAUUUCUAUAUUGAUAAAUACUCUCGUGGAAGGCCAGUUUGUGCCAAAGAUUCUUUUCCAAUAUUGAUAUACUGCACGAAACCGGAGUGAAUUUGAAGAGAAAUUGUAGGUGAAUGAUUCAAAAGUUGAUCCUGCAAGAUAAGCGUAUCACACAUUUCUUCAUAAAAAUUAAAUUAGUAGGUUUGUCCGGAAAGUAAUAGGACUAAGUCGAUUUAUUGAGCCAAUCGUUACAAUUCUUUAAAAACUUUCAAAUUGGGCUCCUUCUGCGUCGAUGCAGCGCUGCCAGCGCGAAUUCCAAGCAUUGAAGGCGUCAGGGAAGGCAUUCUCCGGAAUAGCCUUGAGAACCGCGGUGCAUGCUGCUUGGAUCCCCUCUGUCUUAUCAA